CAAACAAACAAAGAAAUUUGCCAAGAAUAAAAGUGUAAUUCUUACCGUUUAACAGAGUUAGCCCUUCCGUUUUUGGAUAACGGGCGGUCCCUAGCGUGCGCAAACACUCAGAAUUUGAGUUUUGACCGAACAACCAUAAGGAAAAGGAAAGUGGCCACAGUGAUUGAAAUCUGAAAGUGAAGAAAGAUUACGCAGCCAAGAUUGCUGCCUCGGUCUGAAGGAUUAAUGCUCCAAAUAUCAUUGAUGACUGAACGACACAGAUUGGCAAAACUCCUGAGAGUUUCUUCAAAAAAUCGGUUAAUUGAUCAAGGUAAGCAAGUUCAUGCUGCUUUAGUGAGAAUUGGAUAUGGGUCCGAUGUGAUACUAAACAAUGACCUAAUAGAUUUGUAUGGGAAAUGUGGUAGAAUGGACAUGGCUUGUGACGUGUUUGAUAAAAUGCGUGAAACAAAUGUUGUUUCGUGGACGGCUCUGAUGUGUGGUCACUUGCAGCAGGGUAAUCCCAAAUUGUCACUAUUACUUUUUUGUCGAAUGGGUUAUACCGAUGUUAAACCCAAUGAGUUCACAUUUUCGACGAAUUUUAAAGCAUGCGGGGUUCUGAAGAUACCCGAGAAUGGAAUGCAGAUUCAUGGGAUUUGUGUUAGAACUGGAUUUGAAUGGUUUCCUCCGGUAGCCAAUUCUGUAAUGAACAUGUACUCGAGGUGUGGAAGAAUUAGUGAAGCAGAGCAAAUGUUCAAUCUAAUGCCCAUUAGAAGCCUCAUAAGCUGGAAUGCGAUGAUAGCUGGAUAUGCCCUUGUGGGAAUGGGUGAGAAAUGCUUACUUUUAUUCCAGAAAAUGCAAAGACAAGGAGAAAUACUGGACGAUUUUACCUUUACAAGCACUUUAAAAGCUUGUAGCAGUCUUGGGGCAAUUGAAGAAGGAACUCAAAUCCAUGCUUAUUUGAUUACAAGAGGAUUCACAUUUUCUGUUCAAGCAAUCGUUUCUGGUGCACUUGUUGAUUUGUAUGUGAAAAGCGGGUACUUAUUUGAAGCGCGGAAAGUGUUUGAUCAACUUGAACAGAAGAGUGUGAUAUCUUGGAGCUCUCUGAUCCUAGGUUAUGCUCAACAAGGAAACUUAAAGGCGGCCAUGGAUUUGUUUAGGCAGCUAAGGGAGAGUAACAUAUGGGUAGACGGGUUUGUUCUCUCGAGCAUGAUCGGUGUAUUUUCUGAUUUUGCCCUUGUGGAGCAAGGGAAGCAGAUGCAUUGCUACACCGCCAAAUUUCCAUCUGGUAUGGAAAAAUCAGUGGCCAAUUCAAUCGUCGAUAUGUAUCUCAAGUGUGGGUUGAUCGAGGAAGCAGAAAGGGUUUUCAAUGAAAUGCCUGAAAGAAACGUUGUUUCUUGGACGGUUAUGAUCACAGGGUACGGAAAGCAUGGUCUUGGAAGAGAAGCAAUUCGCCUCUUUAAUGAAAUGCAGGUGGAAGAUGUGGAGCCCGACGGAGUGACUUACCUUGCAUUGCUCUCGGCUUGUAGUCAUUCGGGACUUGUUGAAGAAAGUCGAGAAUACUUUUCAAUAUUGUGUGGGGAUUGUCGAAUCAAACCUCAAGUUGAGCAUUAUGCUUGCAUGGUUGAUCUCCUUGGCCGAGCUGGAUGCUUGAAAGAAGCAAAGGAACUUAUACACAACAUGCCUCUAAAACCAAACAUUGGGAUAUGGCAGACAUUGCUUAGUGCUUGUAGAGUACAUGGAGAAUUUGAAAUGGGAAGAAAAGUAGGGGAUAUGCUAUUAGAAUUGGAUGGUAAAAAUGCGGUCAACUAUGUUAUGUUGUCAAAUAUUUAUGCCGACGCUGGGUACUGGAGAGAGAGCGAGAAAGUACGAGUUUCGGUGAAGUUGAAGGGUUUAAAGAAAGAAGGAGGAUGCAGUUGGGUUGAGAUUGACAAGGAGGUCCACUUCUUCUACAAUGGAGACGAGAGGCACCCACUUACAAAAGAAAUUCAUAAAGUUUUGAAGGAAAUAGAGAGGAGGAUAAAAGAAGAAACGGGUUAUCCUUAUGAAGUGAAGUUUGCUUUGCACGAUGUGGAAGAAGAGUCAAAAGCGGAGAGCUUGAGAUAUCACAGCGAGAAGUUGGCGAUUGGGUUGGCAUUAGUUCACGGCGGGGUAGAAGAAGGGGGAAGGACAAUUCGAGUUUUCAAAAACUUGAGAGUUUGUGGGGAUUGUCAUGAGUUCAUUAAGGGUUUGUCAAAGGUUUUGAAGAAGGUGUUUGUGGUAAGAGAUGCCAAUAGGUUCCACAAGUUUGAGGACGGGUUUUGCUCUUGUAAAGACUAUUGGUGACUGUGUGUUGGCAUCCUGGAUCCAUUACCAUGCCAUGUAAUUUACCCCUAAUGCUAAGGGGUCCCAACAGCCCCCAUAAGAAUGGGGUACCGACGGGCACGUGGGGCCCACUCCAGAUCCCGCACGGAUGAUCCGAGCCAUUCAAUAAUUAAAAAAAAAAGAGUGGGCCCUGUGAAAAAUCAGCUCAAUCCGAUACGUGUAGAAACUUCCACAAAGAACUUCUAUGAUGGCAGAUAAAGCUAUAUACAACUUCAUAGUUCUUAUACGCACAAAGAGUAGGGAAGAUUAGUUGAGAGAGAGAGAGCUACGAUUUCAGCCAAACUAAAGGAGGGAGCACAUCCAGCAGACACUGCUUGGACAUACCGUUGCAGUGGAAGAGACCUGGAACUGGUGCUUGAACAAACCGAUUGCAGUGGAAGAGACCUGGAACAAGAAUACAAGGAAGGGCUUUUAAUUCAUAAUAUCUAUUUUUAUGAAUUAGUCAAAGAUCGUUAUUCAUAAUAUCAAGCUUAUGGAUGGUGGCUUGCUUAAUCCGUUAUGGCAGAAUGUUUAGAGAAGUCAUGUAUGUGCAGGGCACUAAGAGAAGUUUAGUUGAACAUAAUGUACUCUGUUGGCUGGGAGCUAAACUAAUCUUAUAGGUUAUCUUUGCACGGUGCUUUGAGAAAAGACAAUAUGGCAUAGAAAAUAUCAUUUUGAGGAAUUUUUGGGAGAAGUGAGUAAAGAAGGGUUAUGAUGAUAUAGAACUCAUGACUGAUAUGUGCAUGAUAACAAUGUUCCAAGGGUAAGGGCUGACUGGAUGUGCAUGGUAUUUGCAUCAAGUCUUGAUGGCAUCUUUUGCUGGCAAUUCAUCUCAGUGUCAAUAAUUUUUACCUCAAAAACAUGUGGAGAAUUUUGGGCCAAAAGCCACCUCAAUUCUCAGAUACAUGGAACUGAUUUGUAGUAAUUUUUUGGUAAAGAGUUUAAAUGCUUCUCUUUUAAAUGGGGAAUGUCAAGACAGUUAUUAUACAGAUAUGGAAUGAUUGUCAUGUUGAUACUA